AUGCGCUCAAGCGGCCUAGCAAACUGGAAAGCGGUCCAGAUGCAUCCCAGCCGGCCCAGAACACCUCCAGACCGGUCCAGACGUGCCAGCAAGGUCCAGACUGGUUCAACUCGACUAACAACCACGGUUGGAGUCCAAGAUGGUUUCCGAGCUGACCGAGGAGUCCGGUUCACAUACCGAAGGUCCGAGACGAUCCACCGAGCCCGACAAGCUCGUUCCGUGAUUUGUGAUGAUAUUGUGAUUUGUGAAUCCUUCCGAUUGGCUAAAGAGUGGGGGAAUUACCUCUUCUUUGUUCAGUCGUGCAAAGUUUUGCAGUUUACUGCAUUCGCUGCACUCACUGAAGAGGCCAAUAGCUCUCCGUCUUCAUCUUCUGGAACUAAGCCUCAACCAGAUGAUGGUCGUUCUGAAUUUUUUUGGCAUCACGGACAUAAUCUUGGCAUCUGGACCUUUGUCCUUGUUCCUCUGUAUCGUGCGGUUAGAGAUGCAUUUAUGGAUGCUUAUAACCGAUAUGUAAUCUCGUGCGACUCUCGAGCAAACACAGGUGAUGAACUAGAUGGAAAUGCAUUGUUCCUGGACAUUAUGGAAAAGGAAGUUAUGAAGCAUAGCAAGACACUUCUUUUAUUAAGUUGUGAUUUUGGCACUGCUUGGAAUUCCAAGAGGUGGGCGAUCAAGAUGAUAGCUGCAAAAUGUGCAAAUCUACUAGAGAUUUUGGUAAGAGAAUCAGAGUUAGUGAAAACUCUUGCUGAGAAAUCUAAAAUGAAUUAUCGUGCUUGGAAUCACCGCUGCUGGAUGGUUUCCUACAUGUCAAAUUCACAGGUCAGGGGCCAGGGGCCU